AUGCCCGGCGGUCCGCUACGGCUUCUUGGCCUUCGUCUGCCGGUUCUUCUUACUCUGCCCGUGAUACUCAUUGUGCUCUUCUUGUUCUACAACUACCAAGACACGGAUGCAUCCCAGCGGAGUUUGCAAUCCAGCCAAAGGCUAUCCGAGCAGCCUCCCAAGGCAGCCGUCAUAAGUAAUGGAGCUGAGGAUGCGAGGUGCCAGGCCUUUCCGGACCCUGGAAACAUUCAGAUCGUCAUCAAGACUGGCGCUACGGAAGCUUAUGAGAAGCUCCUGCCUCAGCUGAUGACCACACUCGGGUGCUCACGGCGCGUUGAAAUAUUCUCAGAUCUCGAGGAGCAGAUUGGGCCUUACCAUCUCCACGAUGCUUUGAAGAACUUUGAUGCUGAGAUGAAGCAAAACCAUCCAGACUUUGAAAUCUACCGCACACAGCAAGAGUACCAAUUAUCUGGUCAGGAUGUCGAAGAGCUUGGAAAGAAGCACAAGAUUGUGUGGAACCUCGACAAGUAUAAAUUUAUGCACAUGGUACAAGACACUUGGAACAUGCACCCCAAACUGGAUUGGUACCUGUUUAUCGAGUCAGACACCUACGUUUUCUGGGGCAAUUUGAAUCUCUGGCUUCGUCAGCUCAACCCGGCCGACAGGCUUUAUCUGGGCUCCGAGGCUCAGAUUGGCACUCAAUGGUUCGCCCAUGGAGGAAGCGGCUUCGUCCUCUCUGGAUCAUUGAUGAAGCACUUUGCCGGCGACGAUGCGGGAAUGGCCACUCGCAAUGAUAAGCUACUACCGGACGCAUGCUGCGGCGAUCUCAUCCUAGGUCGAGCUAUAGAAAAGUAUACUGGUGUUCAAGUACAGAACAAUUGGCCGUGGAUCAACGGCGAGACACCUUGGUCCAUUCCGUAUGGGCCAGACCGAUGGUGCAAGCCCGUCAUCACUUUCCAUCAUGUCCAGCCUCGCCAGCGAUCCUUGAUAUGGAAUUUUGAGCAGCAACGAAACAAUAGUGAAGCGCCGCUCCUCUUCCAAGAAAUUUCAGAGCUCGCCUUUCCCCCUGGAAAUUUGGUAGCUCAAAGAGAAGACUGGGAUAAUCUUUCUGGAGCGCUGAUUGAGAACCCUGGCGGCCAGCCUCACACGCUCCAAUCGUGCCUGGCUGCAUGCAACUACAGAGACAGCUGUUGGCAGUACCGGUACUCUGAUGGCGAAUGUCAUAUUACCAUAAAAGGCUUCAGGCUUGGUGCCAAGAAACCUCCUACCGCAGGACGACGAUGGAUUUCAGGGUGGAAGACCGACAAAAUCGAGGCGUUCCGGAGAGAUCAUACCUGCAAGGAGCCCGAGUGGAGGGAUAGCGAGUAUGCCGUCAGAGACUCAAUAUUUUGA